AUUACAAAUAACAGCAAUAGGAUUUUUUAGUCGUCCUGUUGUAUACACAUUUUCAAUCAUUGCUUUUACAACUCGCUGACCAAUAAAUGUUUUUCCUGAGCCUGGAACACCUUGAAUUAAAACAUACUUAUGAGUCAAUGUUGCUUUUAACGCUUCAUACUAACUACUCUCUUAUUGCAAAUAAAUUUCUGUAGGCCAUUCUUCAUCGUUCAAAAUACUAAAUUUGUAAUCAUCAAUAUCAUAUUUUUGAUAAUUAAUGUCAUUUAAGUAUUCAGGUGCACAGUGUUUGUUUUUGGCAAAAACUAUAUACUCUUUCAGUGGAAAUGUAUGUGAGUUCAUCUGUUGAAGAGCUUUGAGUGUCCAAUUGUAAGUCCACGAAAGUCGACUUUCUUCUCGUACUAUCAACAAUAUUAUUAUUAUCGUUUUGACCGCGGUCUUGUAUGGAAGAAUUUAAUACUAAAAUAUGUGACCGUGAUUUGGUUAUAUUUUUAUCAUCAGAUUGAAGAUCGUGUUUAUCACAACGUGGAAUUCUCCUCCAAAUUUGAAAUAUUCUUAUCAGUCGUCAUAGGUAUUUCCACUUUUCGGCUUUUCACAUCCCGAAGUCGUUUUCUUCGUUUAUACUUUCUAUACGUGCUACGUUCGGACUGCGAAGGUAAGAUUUUUUAUACGUGUUGUUGAAGUUCAAAGGUAAUUGCUGUUGACAUGUCGACGACUGUGUCUUGUCCGGAUUAUGGCAAAGUUUUCAAUGACAAUAUACACGGACACAUUUUGCUCCAUCCGCUUUGUGUGAAAUUCAUCGAUACGCCUGAAUUUCAAAGAUUGCGUAACAUCAAACAGCUCGGUACUACAUAUUUAGUCUACCCAUGUGCGAGCAUUAAUCGAUUUGAACAUUCUAUUGGUGUUUGUUAUUUAGCUGGACAAAUGAUAGAAGCUUUAUGUCGAAAUUCAGGUGAUGAUAUUAAUGUUUCUCCAGAAGAAAAAUUGUGUGUUGAAUUAGCAGGUCUUUGUCAUGAUCUUGGACAUGGUCCUUUGUCUCACAGUUGGGAAAGAUAUCUUAAAGCAUCUGGAGUCAAUUGGAAGCAUGAAGAAAGUUCAACUGAAAUGCUUAAAUAUAUUAUACAGAAGUAUGAUUUAGAAAAAGAGCUUAAAAAGUAUGGACUUAAUGUGGAGUAUCACGUUGAAUUGAUUUGUGAAUUUAUUAGAGGAGAAGGAAAGUUAUUAGUAGUAAACCAUUUCUUAUAUCAGGUUGUAUCAAAUAAAGAUAAUGGUAUUGAUGUUGAUAAAUGGGAUUACUUUUUACGUGAUGGAAAUUGUUUAAAUUUAAGCAUAUCAUUUGAUUAUAAAAGAUUGAUACAGUUUUCUAGAGUAGUUGUAGAUCCUAAUUCAAACCAACCAAAACAAGUUAUAGCUUUCAGAAAUAAAGAGGCUAGAAACAUAUAUGACAUGUUUAGAGUGAGAUCAGAUUUACAUCUGAGAGCUUACCAACACACAGCGGUUCAAAAUACAGAGUUGAUGUGCAUUGAUGUGUUAUUAAAAGCAGAAAAUUAUUUCACUAUACAAAUUCCGUCUGGUACCAAGUUUGGUUUGAAUGAAGCUCAUACAAAUAUUGAAGCAAUGUCUCGUUUAACUGAUCACAUACUGUGUGAUAUUCAGUAUAGCGAUGACCCAAAAUUAGAAGAAGCCAAAAGUUUAUUAAACAGAUUACAUACAAGACAUCUAUAUCAAUUUAUUGGUUCUUAUAAUUUAAUAUUUAUUAACAAAGAAAUUUAUAACAAGUCUAUUGAUGUUGAAAAUUUAAAACAAAAUCUUAAGAAUGAAUUGCAAAAACAAUUUGGUAUUGAAUUUGGCAUUACAGCUACUUGGCUAAAUUGUGGAUAUCCAUUAAUAAAUCCAUUAGAAAAAGUAUUAUUCUUCAAGAAACCAUUAUGUAACAAUACAUCAGUUAUAUUGGAUGAUACACCUUAUCAAAAUGUAUAUCCUAUGAAUGAAUUAGAGUUUUUUAAACGAGAUAUCAAUGUAUUUAGUAAAUCACUUAAAUUAAAAGAUAGUCAGCUUAAAGAAAUUGAUCUUGCUUGCAAUUUAUUUUUAAAGGAUUUCAGGCCAUAAUUUUCUGGUUCAAGUAUACAUUCAAUUUAAAUACUAUGACUAAACAUUACACCAGAUCAAAGAAUAUUAAGAUUCAAUAUAUAUUAAUAAUAAGAAUAAAUAAUGUAUUACGCUUACAUUAAGUCAAUAUUGAUUAAAUUAAAUAGAUCACUAAUCGAAGUAUGCAUCUAAUAUUAUCUUUUAUUUUAUUUUAUAAAAUAUCAAUUAAUUAUAAUAUUAUAUUUUUAUAAAUAAACAUAAUGACAUUGUUAUAUUUUAAUUUAUAAUCAUACUUUUGUUAAAACUAAUUAUAUUUUGCUUAAUAUUUAUUUUAUUUGUAACCACUGAUCUAUGAUGCUAGUUGUGAUAAUAGCUUUUAAUAAAUUAUGUUAUUUAUUUUAAAACCAUUAUUUAUAUUUAUUAUUUACAAAUUACAAUUGUUUUGAUUUUUUUAUUACAAUUACACUUUAUUUUAUUUAUUUUAAAAAUGUUAAUAACAAAAAGUAUGUUAACAUUUUACUUUGUGUGUGCCAUUUUUUUAAUUUUAACUUCAGGUAUUGUAAUAUUUUUUUUCUAAUGUUUUAGCAUAAUAUAAAGCACAUGCUCAUCAUCAA